UGAUCCAGCGCUCUGCCGGGACGAGUGAGCUGAACCCUUUGAUUUCUCCUGAGUAACCAGUGUGGGUGAACUUUAAACUGGGGGUCUGCUUGAUGCUGGUUCUUUAUCUGCAGGGCGAGGGUUACCUCCCUCUGCGCCCAGGCGGCUGGCUGUGUGCCCCGGUGGGGAGAGAUGCCUGGGGGAGGCAUAGGAUUACAGUUUGGGAUGGCAGGCACACCCCGAAGAGACCGAGUGCCUUGCUUCUGCUCUUCACAAAGUCCUGACAAGUGUGCCUGAAAUGAACACCGCGCUCUGUUUUUAAAACUGCACUGAUUUUUAUUUUUUAUCUUUUGGUUGUGAAAUGUCCCAGACACAGAAACUGAGUACCACCAUGUGGCUAGGGUAAAACUUUUUUUAAAAAAUGCCCCCGUCCCUCAAUGUUCCUCUUCGUUUUCAUCGGGUGACACGAAGCAGCCUUUCGCAUAAGGCAGUGCCUGACCCUCAACAUUGUCUGAAUAAGUGGGAAGGAGCCGGCUUCUCCGAGAACCUGGGCCAAUUUAAAGACCAGAGCUUUGUGUCUGUUGGGCUGCCCUUUGUCUCUAGCGGAUUUUGAUGUGAAAGAAGAUGAAAAAGGAAGGUUCUUCGGGUUCCUUCAGACUCAAGGCCAAUUCAGGUUCGCUCUCACGGGCUGUGAGUUGGAUAAAUUUCUCCUCCUUGUCCAGGCAGACAAAGAGGCUGUUCCGCAGCGAUGGAGAGCUGUCGGUGUGUGGGCAGCAGGUGGACGCAGACGAGAACUGGGUGUACAGGACGCAGCCCCGAAAAGCGGUCUCCAACCUAGACGAGGAGAGCCGAUGGACAGUCCACUACACAGCCCCAUGGCACCAGCAGGAGAACGUGUUCCUGCCCAGCACGAGACCCCCGUGUGUGGAAGACCUGCACCGCCAGGCCAAGCUCAACCUCAAGUCGGUGCUGAGGGAGUGUGACAAGCUGAGGCGGGACGGCUACCGGAGCUCGCAGUACUACUCUCAGGGACCCACCUUCACGGCCUACCCCGGCCCGCUCUGCGCUGAGUAUCACGAUGAGGAUGCAGACUCUGAUCAGAAGUGUUCUGUUUCUUCAUCAGAGGAGGAAAAACCCACUGGCAUCAGGAGACCGAAAACGCCAACCUCAGGUGACUUCUCUGACCUUAAUACUCAGACAAACUGGACCAAGUCACUGCCGCUGCCAACGCCAGAAGAGAAGAUGCGACAGCAGGCCCAAGCAGUGCAGGCCGACGUGGUGCCCAUCAACAUAACUGGGGAGAAUUUCGAUCGCCAGGCCAGCCUUCGGCGGUCUCUAAUUUACACAGACACUCUGGUAAGACGACCGAAGAAAGUCAAAAGGAGAAAGACUAUUACAGGAGUCCCUGACAGCAUACAGAAGGAGCUAGCAUUGGGCACUGGCCAGGAUGAGGCUGGUGGUCACUCAGGGUACCCCCCUGACCACUGCUCCAUGCGAGGAAGGCUUGACAGCUAUCACUGUGCUGGGCAGCGCUCAGAAACCAGGGACUCCGGCUGCCAGACUGAGGACGUGAAAGUUGUGCCACCCUCAAUGAGAAGAAUCAGGGCCCACAAGGGACUGGGCAUUGCCGCCCAGAUGAGCCCCUUCUCUGGCUCCUCCGGCAACAUGUCUGUGCUGAGCGAUCCGGCGGGUGUUGCGUUCCCUUCUCGCCUCAACAAUGACCCUGGCUUCCACAGUCUUCCGCGUUCUGGGGCUAGGGCUGGUGCUCACUCCCUGGGUGCCCUGGGCCCCGCAGAUGAUGUGGAAGGUUCCUUCCCCUACCAGAGGGCACACUCACAAGGAGACAACAACUUAGGGCAUUUUGGAGGUGCCCUGAGGUCGGGAACACUUUUGAGGCCCAAGUCCCAGGAGCUGCGGCACUUUGAGAGUGACAGCAUACCAGGCCCAGCAUGUAUGGUCUCCCCUCAUGCGACCUACUCCACCAGCAUCAUCCCCAAUGCCACCCUCUCGUCAUCUUCCGACAUUAUCGUUCUUCACACCGCUCAGAGUGUGGGGCAGCUGGACAACAGAAUGGCCAGCUCCUCGUACUCAAGGAUAAAACCCAGACACAAUGUGAAGGUUGGUCACCAGUCCCCCAGCCACCGCUGGAGUGAUGGCCACUCCUCCGUUCAUUCCCAGCCCUUCGACUCCCAUUCCCCCAGUGUCACCACAUUGCUGUCCCUCUGUGACUCAGAGGCCUCUCCCAAUGGGUCCCAAGCUGCACCCUGUAUUUGCAGAAACACCCUGAGCUUCCCAGCCCACUCCCAGGAUGUGGAUGGCAAGAGUGAGUCCAGCUCUUCCGGGGACAGAGGGCAGGGCAGCAUGGAGCCCUGGGAGUAUAGGGCCUCCGGCAGCGGGCGGGUGUCCCCCCUGAAGUCCCAUCUGGCUGGCCCUGGCUGCUCUACUCCCACCAGUAACCAGAGCAGCUGCAGUUUGGACCAGACAUCCAUCAGAGAGGAUGCAGGCUCCCUGUGCUCCGAGGACCACACUGGCUACUACAGGUCCGUGCACACUGACUUGGGGUGCGGGCCUGGGAAUCUGUGCAAUAGCAGUGGUGGCUUUGGGAACCCCAGGCACAGCGUGGUCAAUGUUUUCGAUGGAAGAGCUCAGAAAAGCCAAGGGAACCAGUCAGGUUACCAGGAUAAAUCCCUCCCAAGAAACAUCUCUUUGAAGAAAGCCAAGAAGCCUCCCCUGCCACCCUCCCGGACAGACUCUCUCCGCAGGAUUCCCAAGAAGAACGGCCAGUCGAACGGGCAGGUGCUCAAUGAGAGCCUGAUUGCCACACUCCAGCAGUCGCUGCAGCUGAGCCUCAUGGGCAAAGGUGGCAGCUCGGCCUCGCAGAGUCCCUGCAGUGACUUCGAGGAGCCCUGGCUACCCCGCUCCCGGAGCCAGAGCACGGUCAGUGCUGGCAGCAGCAUGACCUCCGCCACCACCCCCAACACGUACUCCCUGUGCGGGGUCACGCCAUCGCAGAGCGACACAAGCAGCCUCAAGUCGGAGUACACGGACCCUUGGGGUUACUACAUUGACUACAGCGCCGUGCAGGAAGAGCCCGGGAACCCAGUGGGGCGCUGCUCAGCCAGCGGUGGAGCCCUGACUGGGAAUGGGCCGGCCCACCACAUCCAAGCGGGGUCCAAGGCCACAAGGCCCCAAGCGCCUGGCAGCUGGGUCAAACCAAAGGCCACCUCGCCGGAGAAGUCCCAGAGAGUCACUUCUCCAUCCAGUGGGUAUUCCAGCCAGUCGAAUACACCCACAGCACUCACCCCCGUGCCUGUGUUUUUAAAGUCACUGUCACCAGCCAAUGGGAAAGGGAAGGCCAAGCCCAAGGUCCCAGAGAGGAAGUCCUCUUUGGUCUCUUCGGUAUCCAUGUCCUCCUCGUCCACGUCUCUGUCCUCUAACACGUCCGCUGAAGGCAGUGGCACGGUGAAGAAGCUGGAUGCUGCCCCAGCCCUGCCCCUUGCUCCUCCUCCAGCCCCAUGUCCGACGGUGGCGGAGGAGGACAAGUCUCCCCUUCUCCCCCCACCUCCUGUAGCAGACAGCCCCGAGGGCUCCCCUCUGCCUCACUCGCCUGUGUUUCCCCCCCCUCCCCCAGAAGUGCUCGCCCUCUUCUCCCCCACUGACGAGUGCCUCCCCCCUCCCCCCACUGCACAGAGCCCCUUUAUUCCAGAGGCACUGGCUUCCUCGCCAGCACCCCCAUCUUUCCUGCCCUCCUUGGAGCCCCCACCUGCUCCCCCCCUGGACCCCAAAUUCAUGAAACACACUAGGCCUUCUUUCAGAAGCCCUGGGCAGCCCGAAUCCUCCCGGGAGGCCUUCAGGCCACCUUCAAACAAGGAGGAGGGCGGCAGACCCCCCAUGCCCCUCAUCACAACGGAAGUGCUCCAGAUGGUACAGUUGAGGCCCGUGAGAAAGGGCUCGGGCACCGAAGUGGCGCUGUCGCCUGAACCAGCAGCUCAGGAACAACGAACUCCGACUGCUCCACAGUAUCACUUAAAGCCAUCUGCUCUCCUGAAAUCCCGAAAUAGCAUAAAUGAAAUGGAGAGUGAAAGCCAGCCUGCCUCUGCGACUAGCUCGCUUCUGACGCCUGCCAAGAGCCCGAGUCAGGGUGACCGAGACAGUGCAGCCGAGCGUGGCGGUCCUGAGAGCCGUGGCUAUGGAGCUCCAGGUCCUGGGCCAGGCACCGGGGAGGCAGAGUCUGGGCCUGGCCUCAGGACCACCCCACUCCCAGACUCUUCACCUAUCAGGAAGCCGCCCCUCAUCUCCAAGAAGCCCAAACUGUUCCUGGUGGUGCCACCUCUGCAGAGAGAUUUGGAAGCGGAGCCCUUGGAGAAUGUGAGCGAAGUCCUCCGAGCUGUGCCCAGCCCCACCAGGGCAGAGGAGGGUUCCGUGCACAGCAACGAGGCAAAAGGGACUUCUGCAGCACGAGCCAGUCCUCAUGCCACAGACCCCAGCAGCUCGGUUCUGGAGGGAGGAGCUGCAGGGUUCGUGGAAACCAAUGCCCCCAUGGUACAGCCCGAUGCCUCACCAGCCCCCACGCAGGCAGAGCCCGCAGGGGACGGCGCGGAUGGUGGGGGCAGCGCGGAGAGCUGCCCUUCUCCACAGGAUGGGGAAGCUGGGGUGCAAGAGACACACUCAGACGAUCUCUCCUUAGAAGCCUGCGACGCCUUCAACAAAGACGACAGUGAGGAGGUGACAACCCCCACAAGACCCAGGACCACUGAAGACCUUUUUGCAGCUAUUCACAGAUCCAAAAGGAAAGUCCUUGGCAGGAAAGACUCCGAGGACGACCACUCGCGAAACCACUCUCCCUCCCCGCCGGUGACCCCCACGGGCGCCGCCCCCACUCUGGCCUCCCCCAAACAGGUGGGGUCAAUCCAGAGGAGCGUGCGCAAGAGCAGCACCAGCAGCGACAACUUCAAAGCCCUGCUGCUCAAGAAGGGCAGCCGCUCGGACACCAGCGCCCGCAUGUCGGCGGCCGAGAUGCUCAGGCACACGGACCCGCGGUUCCAGAGAUCCAGGUCGGAGCCAACGCCCGACGCCCCCGAGAGCCCGGAUGUCAGUAUCCUGUUGUCCCUCCACACUGGCUGGUUCUGCACCUAUGGAUUCAACUAA